AUGCUGUGCACGGACCAGCUGCACACGGACCAGUGCACACAGCCUGCCCUUAAUCUCCCCUCUGCCGGCGUCCCCUCGGGACCUCUUACAUUCACAUUCCUUUCCCACAGGUCGGGUGGUGCACACCCCUACGGUACAUUACGAUACUAUGCGCACCUCCCCGUCCUUCCCUCAUCCAUUGUGGCUGCUUGUCAAGGCCAGAUCCACGUGUUCGACUCCCAGGACCUCAUCGACGUCUACAUCCCAGACGGCCCUGAGACUGUCCUCUAUCGUUGCGAGCAGCAGCCGUGCCCAAAUUGGACACCCCGAUCGAUCGAGGAAGAUUACCCUCGUUACAAGGCGAUCCGACGAGCGCAACAUCCGCUCGGUCCGCGAAGCACCCUUGCAUCCCGAUCUGCCUCGCGGCACUCUUGCCCUGUCUUCCCCAGCUCCCGCCUCCCUCAAACUGUCGUCGCCGAUCCAGGUCAAGCACGAGGAGAUCUCCCUCCAGACCCUGCGCCAGAGCCUGAGCCUGAGGAGGGUAAGGGUGAAGAAGGAGUCUCGGAGUCUGAGUCCGCGGAUUCUACUCGGUCCGCCUCGCCGACAGCGCUCACCCCCGCGUCAGCAGUCCCUGAC